GGCAAUAUAGUUCCUCGCACAGAGUGGGGUAAAAUUGCAACGAUAUUUUACGCAAUCAUAGGAAUGCCACUGUUCCUGCUCUAUCUUUCCAACAUAGGUGAUAUUUUGGCCAAAUCGUUCAAAUGGAUCUACGCCAAAUUCUGUUUGUGUAGAGUAUGUCCGGGUGUAGCCCGACGGCGUGCCCUUCGAGCCAGACGUAGAGCCAGGACUGAGGAACGUGACUACCAGUCGGAACUGGGUGACAACGGGUUCGACACAGCCACAAUCACCACCUCCAACGUGGACGAUGAGAUUGAGGAAGAAAUCACUGCCGAGACGAACACUGUUACCGUUCCAAUUACAAUUUGUAUAAUGAUAAUGAUCGGGUAUAUAUUUUUCGGAGCCCGGUUGUUUGCCGAUUGGGAAAACUGGGAUAUUUUAGAUGGCAGCUAUUUCUGCUUUAUUUCACUAAGCAGCAUCGGAUUCGGAGAUAUAGUACCCGGUGCUUCGCUGCAAACGAAAGGUGACACCAAGAUGGAAAUCAGCUUUAUCCUUUGCGCCAUUUAUCUACUGCUUGGCAUGGCACUGAUAGCCAUGUGCUUCAAUCUGAUGCAGGAACAAGUCAUCUAUAAAAUACGAUCCCUGAAGAAAUGUGUCCGAGGUUGUUUCCAAUGCAAGAAAAAUGCUCCACAACCCAGCGAAGAAGAGUCUGAAGGCUGAGCAGAAUCAAAUUCUACAUCGAGGCUAGUGAAAAGCACGGAAAACACACUGCAAGCAGCGUAAGAAGGAAGCAAUCUGGAUUUUUUCUAACGUUCGGUUUAGACGAUUCAGUUCGGAGUUCAACUCACUUGAAAACUCACAGAAAAAUGGUCAAUAUGGAGCUUUUUUUUAUUCGCUUCCAAGUCACUUGAACACUGACCAUAAAAUCGGGUGUGAUUUGAAUCAAAACACUUACGUCUUCACUGCUAAAAGCAUCUCCCGUAUAAAGUUUUCCGCGAACCAAUUCUAACCGUUACUUGAUAAGUCGCAGCGAUUAAAGACAAUGUGAGACAGUUGUUAAGUUUAAUUUUCCUUGUUGAUGUAAAUAAUUAUCUACCAACCUUUCUUUAUCUAAUCAAUUUUCAGAGUGAGUAAUUUAAUUGAUAAGUACAUACGCUGUAAGGGAAUUUCUGAUCUUAACGAUUGUUCAACAUUCCAAAGGAAAACAAAAGUUCAUUUUUGAUAAGUGUUUUAACUCUACCCUGUAUCACAACCCCAUGGUGAAUGCUAGAGGCUGAGAAACUACAAAAAAAAACUUGUGUAAAUUUCCGUGCCCUGAGACUGACAUAAACGUGUGAC